GCUAGUGCGCAUGCGUAGCUUUUAAUUGAAUGCUCGCCAUCUUGGAAAUUUGAACAGACUUUCCAAAGUAUUUCGUACAAACAACCGUUAAUUUCUCUAUUGUUUCGCCUAAAUUUCAGUCUUAAGAGAAAGCUUAUGGUUCGCCAAAGCAUCUGCUUACGAGCCUUUGAGCAUACAUAAAGAUCUUUAAACAUGAGUUCUUACAAUAUAAAUCAACCAGCCUCAACCAGGGCCAUGGGUCCUGGUGGUAACAUGAUGGAUCUAGGGGAUAUGCCGAUGGACAACAAACAACAACAGACACUGAUGUGGCAACAGAACCAAUACAUGGGAGAUUCAGGAAUCCACUCAGGCGCUACCACACAGGCUCCAUCUCUCAGUGGCAAGAGCCAUGUGGACGAUAUGGAGGAACCAGACCAGAAUAUGGACACAUCAAGAAUGAUGUUCAACUGGGGCGAGCAGGGAAUGGGUCCCGGCUUCACACAGGAACAAGUUGAUGAUAUGAACCAACAGUUAAACCAGACACGAUCUCAUCGUGUACGGGAGGCCAUGUUUCCCGAGACAUUGGAGGAAGGCCUUCAAAUCCCAUCCACACAGAUCCAUCCUGACCAGCCAACCGCGGUACAGCGUCUGGCUGAGCCUUCACAGAUGCUGAAACAUGCAGUGGUUAACCUUAUCAAUUAUCAGGAUGAUGCAGAUCUUGCCACACGUGCCAUCCCCGAGCUGACCAAGCUGUUGUGCGACGAUGAUCAAGUUGUUGUCAGCCAAGCAGCCAUGAUGGUUCAUCAACUGUCAAAGAAGGAGGCGAGUCGAGCCGCCAUAAUGAACUCGCCACAGAUGGUGGCGGCACUGGUACGAGCCAUGAGUAACACUAACGAUACGGAGACAACAAGAUGUGCAGCCGGAACUUUACAUAACCUGUCACAUCACAGACAAGGUUUACUGGCCAUCUUUAAAUCUGGUGGCAUACCAGCACUCGUGAAACUUCUUAGUUCACCAAUGGAAUCUGUGCUAUUCUACGCAAUCACUACUUUACACAAUCUUCUGCUGCACCAAGAUGGAUCUAAGAUGGCAGUCCGUCUCGCUGGAGGCUUGCAGAAGAUGGUUGCCCUUUUACAGAGGAAUAAUGUUAAAUUCCUUGCUAUUACAACUGACUGUCUCCAAAUUCUUGCUUACGGAAACCAAGAAAGCAAGUUGAUAAUUCUGGCUAGCGGAGGACCUGGUGAACUUGUUCGUCUCAUGCGAUCAUACACGUACGAGAAACUUCUGUGGACCACAUCUCGUGUUCUAAAGGUCCUCUCUGUGUGUGCCAGCAACAAACCUGCAGUUGUAGAAGCAGGUGGUAUGCAGGCAUUGGCCAAUCACCUUGGUCAUGGAAGCCAGAGACUUGUACAGAAUUGUCUGUGGACACUGAGAAACUUGUCAGAUGCUGCAACCAAAUGUGACACAUUAGAUGGCCUUCUACAGAUGUUAGUUCAACUGUUGUCAUCUAAUGACAUUAACGUGGUCACCUGUGCUGCAGGUAUUUUGUCUAACUUGACAUGUAACAAUAUUCGUAACAAGAUGAUCGUGUGCCAGGUGGGAGGUAUCGAGGCCCUUGUCAGGACUAUUCUACAAGCCGGGGACCGAGAAGACAUCACGGAACCAGCUGUGUGUGCAUUGCGUCACUUGACAGCUCGACACCACGAGGCUGAGAUGGCCCAGAAUGCGGUCCGUCUUCAUUACGGCCUCCCCGUCCUUGUGAAACUUCUCCACCCACCAAGCAGAUGGCCACUCAUCAAGGCUGUAGUUGGUCUUAUUCGUAACCUUGCUCUUUGCCAGGCCAACCACGCCCCACUAAGAGAACAUGGAGCUCUGCCGAGAAUUGUACAGCUCAUGAUCCGAGCACACCAAGACACCCAAAGGAGGUCGUCAAUCAGCUCUAACGGACAAGGAAGCGGGUACGUUGACGGUGUCAGAAUGGAGGAGAUCGUGGAGGGAACUGUAGGUGCCCUCCAUAUCCUCGCCCGUGAGGCUCACAACAGAGCAGUGAUCCGAGGGCUUAACUGUAUCCCACUUUUCGUACAAUUACUAUACUCGCCAGUAGAGAAUAUCCAGCGUGUUGCCGCCGGUGUCCUGUGCGAGUUGGCCUCUGACAAGGAAGGUGCCGAGCUCAUCGAGCAGGAAGGAGCCACCGCUCCUCUGACAGAACUUCUCCACUCCAGAAACGAAGGUGUGGCCACAUACGCUGCGGCAGUUCUGUUCAGGAUGUCCGAAGAUAAACCCCAGGACUAUAAGAAAAGAUUGUCUGUAGAAUUGACCAGUUCACUCUUCAGAGGUGACCAAAACAUGGCAUGGGCUGAUCCCCCAGGAUUUGACGAUGUUGGUGGUUUCGGACAAGACGAAUAUCGACCCAACGAUCAGAUGUACAACCCAGGUAGUCAACAAAACAUGAGCGGGUCUCAGCAUGACAUGAGUCGAGGUUAUGACAGUCAGUUGCCAAUAGAUUCAAUGCAGGGUUUAGAUUUAGGCAGCCAGGGUAGCAACCAGUAUGGCCCUAUGGAUAACCUUGACAUUGGACCCCAUGGUGAUCUCAGUUUCGGAAACAUGGACAACAGUGGUAUGCCCCCACAAGGUCAGGGAGAUAACCCUGGCGGGCUUCCCCAAACCUGGUUUGAUACCGAUUUGUAAGGGGAGAUAAAUUGUGACCAUUAUCAGUGAUCUAUAUUCUAACGACUUUAAUCAGCAUGGGAAUGAAAACAGUAAGAGGGAGACAAUUUAACCAGUGAACUCGUGUGGAUAUUAAAGGGCGGUCUACAGAAAAACACCAAAUAUCUUCAAAAGAUCUGUAAGACAUCAGUGACUGAAUGAACUGUACAAAAUGCUUGGAUCUUUUUAAACAUAUGUGUAAAGAUUUUUCUUUUUAACUUUUAAAAUUUUUAGAACAUAAUUUAGAUUUCUUUGUGUUUU